AUAUGAACUGGGAUGCGCCGACGACGAUGCAUGAGGGACUGCAGGUUUUUACGGUUGGACAUCUGUUACCCCGCAGUAGCGUGGAGGAUCAGAACGGAAAUUGGAUGUUCAAUGCUAAUCCUUCAACGGGCGCUGUGCCUCCGCCUGUAGAAGGUGAAGGUGAAGGCGAAGGAGGGAACGACAACGAUAACCUACCAUCGGAGCCCGAUCCAUAUUCUGAAGAAGUCGUACGUCCGACGCUGUCUAAUGGACGAUCUUCGACUGCGCCUACGACUAUCCGUAUUCGACGGUCUACGUUCGUGCCGGGAUGGGCCGUUCCCCCUAGGGUGCUGCUUGUAGAUGACGAUGCGGUGAGCAGGAGAUUGAGCAGCAAGUUCUUGCAGGUGUUUGGAUGCAUGAUCGAUGUUGCUGUGGAUGGUGUUGGAGCUGUGAAUAAGAUGAACCUUGAAAAAUAUGAUUUGGUGCUGAUGGACAUCGUGAUGCCCAAAAUGGAUGGAGUCAGCGCUACGAAUCUCAUCCGCCAAUUCGACCAUAUGACCCCCAUUAUCAGUAUGACCUCUAAUUCAAAACCGAGUGAGAUUAUGACGUAUUAUUCAUCUGGGAUGAAUGAUAUUUUGCCCAAGCCGUUUACGAAGGAAGGGUUGUUGGACAUGUUGGAGAAACACCUUAUGCACCUUAAAGUUAUCCAACAAAUGUCGAAAGUACCACGUUCGCUCGGCGUACCACCUCUCUCAGAUCCGUCUUUUAGCGAAGCACUCGCGGUCGGCGCGUCGCAGUUACAACGACAUACUUCAUCAUCCAAUUCCAGUUCCUCGUCCAAUUCAUCCUCUUCCAGUCUUCAUCCGACAUUGGGGAUGUCGGGGUACGAUGACGAUGGACGGAUUAACCCCUUAGCAGGAAUGGGUCUAUCUGACGAGCGAUACGCGGCUAUUCUAAGAGAUAUUGUUACCCAAGAAAGCUUUUCGGGCGUAGGAGUGCCCGAGGGCUUUUCGUUCGGUCUCGCAGGUGCAUUAGGUCCCGGGAUGGGAGGAGAGAAGCGGGAAUUGGACGAUGGAAGCGAUGGGAGAGAGGGGAAAAGGGGACGGUUUGAGAUCAUCGAGUGAGUUUUGUCUGGAUGGAUACCAGUUUUGGAGACGCUUUUUCUUUGGCGCCUACCGUAUGGACUUGUGCUUUUGCAAGCGCUUUGGUAUGGCGCAUUCUCCACUAGUACCUCUCACCUCCCUUCACGUCCUACUUUUUAUUUUUGUCACGUCAUGAUUUUCCUCAUACCUCAUGUUACCAUGCUGCUUUGCGCUUAUGCCCGUUUUCAUGAUAUCAUAUCUUACGCUUUCAUUUUCAAUGUCGCCUUUUCUUGUAUUGAGUUCUCUUCUUUUUUUUUUGUUCUCUGUAUUACCGUACUCUCUGUUGCUGUGUCAUAUCGUAUACGAAUUUAGCUUGUGGAGUCCUCAGAUCUGGAUAACUCUUUGAUGGGUUAAUAACUU